CAACCCCGGAGGUCGGUGAGGGGAAACAGCACUUCGCUUUCCAGAAAAAGAGAGGCGGGAAGCCACCCAGGCGACACUAAGCCAUGCUAAAGGAGACGGGCAGAAUGCGGAGGGCGCGCGUGGACAGAAAAAAGAACCCCUCCCCCCCACCGCCAGGGCGCCGCACAGCCCGCCACGCCCCCUUCGCCUAUAGGGCAACUGGUUCUGCUUGAAGGACCCAGGAGGUGGGAAGCAGCACGAGGGGGCUACCGCGCACGCUGACUGUCCUCCGGCCUGCGCCUGCGCAAACCUCUCGUUCGCUGGCUUUCUCCCUUCGAUUCCCACCUCCUCACACCAUCAUCAAUCUCCUUUUCUGCCCCGGCUGUUUCUUCUGUUGAGCAAGUAGGAGACCCCCCUCCCCCCCCACACACACAUACACCCCAUCCCGCUUCGUCCUCAGGACCUUGGUAAACCAGGAGUAUCCGGGCUGAAAGAACGGAUCCUCCGCCGAAACCCCAAAGUGCAGCCUCUCCCGUACAUGCAUCGCUACACACGGAGAUCAUGAUCGUGCAUUGGAUGGAGACGGUGUCUCUCGGCAGCCUCUUGAGUGGAUAUUGCUACUCCUAGCCUGGAUAGCGGCGGUGCCGGAGAAAAGGAAAAGGAGAGUCGGAGAAGCGCCCGGAGUUCGGGCAAGGAGCGAUGAAGGUACACAAAGAGCCCUUGGUUAGGUCUGCGGGGAAAUUCUGGGGAUAUUAAAAGAAGACGCAGGGUGAAGAAGGCGCAGCUUGCAAUUGCAAAUUAGCCUCGAACAGCUUUGGAUCCUAACCUUGAGGGGGUGUGAUGAGAAAUGGCUUUGGGAGACAAUACACAACGAAGUUACUCUAUCAUCCCAUGUUUCAUCUUUGUUGAGCUUGUUAUUAUGGCUGGGACGGUCUUGCUCGCCUACUACUUCGAGUGCACGGACACUUUCCAGGUGCAUAUUCAAGGCUUCUUCUGCCAAGACAGCAAUUUGAUGAAACCAUAUCCAGGAACAGAGGACGAAAGCUUCAUUUCCCCUCUUAUCCUCUACUGUGUACUGGCUGCAACCCCAACAGCAAUUAUUUUUAUUGGAGAGAUAUCUAUGUAUUUCAUCAAGUCCACCAGAGAAAGCUUAAUUAUCCAAGAGAAAACCAUUUUGACAGGAGAAUGCUGUUAUCUGAAUCCACUACUUCGGAGAAUCAUCCGAUUUAUAGGAGUAUUUGCAUUUGGUCUUUUUGCUACCAACAUAUUUGUAAAUGCUGGCCAGGUAGUGACGGGAAACCUGGCACCCUAUUUCUUGACUGUGUGUAAACCCAACUACACUGGGAGUGACUGCCGAGCUCAUCACCAGUUUGUUAACAAUGGGAAUAUCUGCACUGGCAACCAAGACGUGAUUGAGAAGGCGAGGAGGUCUUUUCCAUCCAAACAUGCUGCUUUAAGCAUAUAUUCAGCCUUAUACGCUACAAUGUACAUCACUAGCACAAUCAAGACAAAGAGCAGUCGGCUUGCCAAGCCAGUGUUGUGUCUGGGGACACUUUGUGCUGCCUUCCUUACAGGGCUCAACCGAGUUUCUGAGUAUCGAAACCACUGUUCAGAUGUCAUUGCAGGCUUCAUCUUGGGAAGCACAGUAGCACUCUUCCUGGGCAUCUGCGUAGUUCAUAAUUUCAAGGGAGCACAUGGGACACCUUCAAAAUCAAAACUAGAUGAACAGCGAGGCGUGCCCUUGAUGGCGUUUCCACGAGUGGAAAGUCCUUUGGAGACGUUGAGUGCCCAGAAUCAUUCUGCCUCUAUGACCGAAGUAACCUGAUCUGAACAACAUCAAGAGAAUUUUUUUAUUGCCCUCUGCUACAGUACUCCCAUCAGAAUACACAGUUAUACUAAUUGUCAAACUGUGAUGACCAGUAUUAUUAUGUUAUGUCUAGUUAGGAACUAAUGUUUUGUACAUUUUUGUAUGAGGAAGUGAUAUAGCUUGCCCUGGAAUUCCCACCCACUUUCUUUUUUCUUGUUGUCAGCUUUAAUAUAUUUAUGCCAGAAUUUAAGACAAAUGAAAACAAAAAAGAAACAAGACAAAAAAAUAUGAACUCUUUUUUGAUUACAGUGUUCUGAGGCACUACACCUUUGGGAAUUGUUGAUGUUUUGUGAUAUUUGUACACACAAACUUUUUUGUUUUGUUUUGUUUUAUAUACAAUAAAUUAAAUGAUAAUUAUAAUACUAAUUCAUUUUUUACCUUUUUAUUACCAGAGAUGAUGCUUCCAGUAAGUGAGUUCAGAUUCAGCAUUGGCAGUGCAAUUCUACAGAAUUCAUACUCGUUUUCUAGAAGUUACUGUAGAAUUGUCUCUGCAUGACUGCUAUCUGGCCCUUUAGAUUAUCAAUAAUGAGAAAUAUGUACUUUGAAUGCUGGUUUAACAUAGCAAGACUAAGAACAUGUCUGUUUGCAAACUUUGAUUCCUCUUAUACAAGCCCCAUAAUUGUGACUGUGACUAGAGCAGGAAAUACCUGAACUUUUUUUCAGGAGUCCAAUUUUUUUUAUGGAGCUUGCUCAGGAAAUUGUCCCAAGGGGUUAUGCUCAUGGUAUGUAAUCUUUGGGUUGUUGACUCAAGAUUAGUUUCCUUAGCCCCAAGGUCUUCAUUGAAUGUGCAUAAUUCACACCUCUUGCUUAGCAGCUUUUUGUUGUCUCGUAGAGUCUGCUUCAAGCAAAUUUUCUUCAUGUAAAGCAACUAGCAAGAUGGAAAUUAUAGAGAAAGCCUGCGUGUGAAUGCACACCUCUUGUGCACUAUCCUUAAGAUUAUUGCCUUGAACUACAAGAACAAAUGACUGCAGCUUUUAGUCGGAAUCCAGUUUAGCACUAAUAGUUUAGCAGAUUGGAUCAAGAAUUCAUAGUGUUAGUCAAAAGACUGUAUCAUUAGCCUUUUAGUAGAUUUGAGGAACAGAAGAACAAGUUGGGAUACUUAGGAGAAUGAAGUAUUAUUGCAGUAUUAUUGCAGUCCCAGGCCGAAGAACAAUGGCCUGCACUAAGCUGAAAUCCACCUCAGUGUGAUACUUUUAAAUUUCUUAAGAACUGUCUCUUCCUAAGAAGCAUGAAAAUCAUGUAGGAAAAUUUGUAGCCAUAAUCAUUGAAUCAUUUACCAGAAUUCUACCAAAUGAGCAUUUUUUUUGCUGUAGACAUAUAUGUAUCGCUUUCUUGUGACAUAUGCAUGCGUUUCUAAUACAUGAUGAACUUUGGAAGUAGCACUUAACCUUGGAACAAAUAUAUUAAUCUCUUUAGAGCCACUCAAAAUCCUGUUAUUUCAUACAGUGCUUCACAGAAGGCUCCAAAAUGAUCCCGAAAAUUGGAAACCAUCACUGUGUUACCAAUUGGUGUUUUGUAAUAGAAAGAGUGUAAAUGUUUCAUUGCUACAUUUGAGCGUAUUUUGCAACUCAGAAAGAUGCCUUAAGGCAAUACAUUUGUGAUUCAGUUUCACUGGUGCUAAUAUAUUGUAAUACCUUUCACGUUGACACAAGUAGGAAAUCAGUUGCUGACUAUGUGUGUCAAAUAUGAACCAUGUGAAAAGCAUCAUUGUUGUGCCUCCUCAGAAAUGGCCCUCUUCAUUCAUAAGGAAAUUUAAAAGAAAUUUAGAACGCCAGUUCAAGGAUGAAGACUGGUCAAACUUGGUACCUUAUCUCUGCUUUUCCUUUUCUCAGCUCCCUGGGAAGAUAAGCUAUCAAGGAGUUAAAUGGAAACAUCAAGGAAAAAGGCAGCCAAAAAUGACUUUGUGUUUCAACAAUUUUCCUUGUUUUCAGAGAGGGACUCUUCUGAAGAGAUAUAACUUAGCAUCUGUUAAAAUAAAAUGCAAUGCCUACAGCAGCUGUUGAAUUCCCCCCAAAUGUGGGUGUUCCUUCCUCCAAGUAAUGCCGGCUUAAUUUUCUGAAUCAAAAUGUAACACAUCUGUAUUGAAAACUGAUUUUCAUUUUGUGGUUUAUUGUUAACAAAUCAAAGGAAAUGAAAAAGGACCAGUUUGCUGAUCUCAUCCUCUCCCUCUCCCAGUCCAAGAAAUUUUCUGCUACAUCCCAUUUUUCUAGCAUGAUCAUAAUCACAAUAGUGUUUCCUUUGAGAAAUGGAACUUCUCUCUGUAUUUUUGCUGGAAUGCCUGCCAUGUUGAUUCUUGGGUUUUUGUAUAUAAUUUUUUUUUCCAAAAGAGAUAAAAAAAAAAAUUAUCACAAAA